UGGUGGGCUCGGAUGUCGAAGCGGGGGGGAAGAAGAACAGAAGAGAAAAGAGAGACAGAAAGAGACACCCCAGGGAGAGAGAGGGAGAGUUAGAGAGAUAGUGAUAGAGAGAGAGAGAGAGAGAGCAGCGUGUGGGAGAACAAUACAGAGGGAGAAUCGGAAACGGGAACGGGAUAGAGACGACGCAUGUAUGAGAACUGAGUGAUGCUGUUGUAUAUGGCGUGGGCUUGAUCUUCGACACAUCGAUUAAUGUGCUACUUCGGUAGUCGGAAGAAGAAACAAUCGUUCGCUACCUCGCCGCUGACGGACGGUCACCACUCGCUUGCUCGCUCGUUCGCUCGCUCGCUCGCUCGCUCGCUCGCUCCCUCUGUGCUUGGCGCUGUCGGGAGACGAACCGACCAAGGAAGAUUUUUUUCCGUCAGCCGGUCGUCACUGCUUCUCUUGCGCACCGUACGCGCUCGCAAGUAAUUAAUUAGACAGUAGGGAUUGCUUUUCUUGUGCGUUUUUCUUUGAGGUUUGGUUAGCGCCGACGGAACAUUCUUUCAUUCAUAAAUAAAUACAGCGAUAGCGUACGGACGAACAUUCGAACGCUCAUACCGGCAUAACAAGACCGACCGACAGACAGACAGACAGACAGACAGAGACAGACAGACGGACAGUUAUACAGACAGACAGACAGACAGACAGACAAACAGACGGAUUUGGACAUACAAUAUUCACUCAUUCAAACACAGACAGGAACACACGUACAUACAUACAUAUACAGACAGAGAGAGAGAGAGAGAGAGAGAGAGAGAGAGAGAGAGAGAGAGAGAGAGAGAGAGAGAGAGAUUGUGAAUAGAGAUUGGAGAGAGAGAGGAGUGGAGUGAAGGAGGACAAGAGUGAAGAUAGGUGGGUGAAUCAGGUAGAGGGAAGGGUUUGGGAAGAGAAAUAGUGAUUGGAAUCUAAGCAGGAGAGGGUGGGAGGUGGUCUUGACGGGUGGGUAGCGAAGAGUAGUUAGGUGUUGUGGUUAGCAUCUCUGAUGCCUCGAGAGAUCUCCUGGAAAAGGAGAAGCAGAAGAAGCAGGUGUUGGUGGUGCACAUGCAGCCAGCAAGCAUAUAAUAAGCCUUUUCUUCUUCGACACAGAGUUUCCCCUCCUCCACCUCCUCUUCCCCCUCCUCUCUCUCAAUUUGCUUCGUCAUGUGUUCUUCUACGACCCACUGCUUUUUUUUCUCUCGAGUAUAGCGAGCCACUGACCAAGUUCGUUCAUCUUUCUUCUCCUGUCUACCCGCCUCCUCCUCGUCCUCCUCCCCUUCCUCCUCCUCCUUCUCCGCAAGACCACACUUGCCUUUUUUCUUUCUCCUCCUCCUCCUCCUCCUCCUCCUCCUCCUCCUCCGCCUUCCCUCUCUCUCCCUCUCCAGCGCCUUUCUCCUCCCUCUCUCUUUCUCCACCUGCCUGUCGCCACGGCGACCCCGUCUGGUCCCGCUCCCCCCUGUAAUCUCUCCUUCCGCAUCUCUCAGACUUGCAAAACGGCUUCGCUGGCGAAUUCCGUGGGGCUUGCCCCCUCUAACGGGAGCUUAGGUUGGGUUCUCCGAUUUGCUGUCAACUAUGGUUUUCUUGCCGUGAAUUCCGCUCAUCUGAGGUCGCUGGGCCAUCUGGGAGCCCGACUGAUUUGGCGGUCGCUCUGCAGCAAUUUCCGCUCUUUGUCUUCCCUCACCACGUCAGUCCCAACGGGGUCGAAAAUCUCUACCGCGAGUAUGCUCCCCACUGUGUAUCUGCGCAAGUGGGUGAGUAAAAAACGGAAACGCUUCAUUGCGAAUGGCUUCGACCUGGACCUCAGUUAUAUCAGCGAGAGGAUCAUCGCCAUGGGAUAUCCAGCCGAGCACAUGAUGGAUGUCAUGUACAGAAAUCCGAUGUGGCAGGUUCAGAAGCUUCUAGAGACGCGGCAUCGCAAUCAUUACAAGGUGUACAACUUAUGCUCAGAGCUGAGUUAUGAUGCCUCGAAUUUCGGUGGGAGGGUGGAAGUUCUCCCUUUUGACGAUUACCACGCCCCGCCCCUGUCCUUGGUGAAAUUGUUUUGCGAAAGCGUCUCGGAAUGGCUUGAUAGCGAUCCAGAGAAUGUUGUCGUCGUGCAUUGCAAGGCUGGGAAGGGCAGGACAGGGUUGAUGGUAUGCUCGUAUUUGGUGUACCUUGGGAUGACUGCGGAGGAAGCCCUUCGGCACUACGCGACAAGAAGAAUGCACAACGGAGAAGGGAUUUCGAUUGCAAGUCAGCGACGGUACGUUGGCUACUUCAGUCAGAUCCUGUCGAGCCCCCGAAAUGGCUGUGCUUUGCCUGAAGUGAAGGUGCCAGAAAAGGUUACACGCAACCUGAGGAGAGUGCGACUCUACGACACGCUGAAUGCUGAUCGCAUAGACUUUAUGGUCGCUCAAUUAGAAGAGUGUGAUGGUCAGGUGUAUAGUCCAGCAUUGAAGAUUGGUCAGGGGACGUGCAUGGCAUUGGCAAAGGGUCAGCACUUUCAAAGAACUGUCAGUCCCCGAUACUAUUUUUCAGAUGUCUAUGACGACGACGGUGACUACGAUCAAGACUGCGACGAGAGCUGGAGAGUGAAGGGACCGCGCGUAGUUGUACAGAUGGACACCGAGAAAGACGUGCAUAAAAAGACUUACCUGGACCACUACUUCGAGACUCCGUUGCCGGUUCGGGGGGAUAUCCGAUUGACCUUCUUUGACAAAAAUGGGGGGCGGCUCUUCUACACAUGCUUCAACACGGCUUUUCUGGGGAACGGGAUUUUGCAGCUUUCGAGAUCGGAGUUGGAUAAGCUGGGAAGGCGUGCAAAGGCGAUAUGUGGGCCCAGCUUCUGUGUGGAACUUCUUUUUGGGCCUCAGCGCAAUACGAUGUUGAGGCAUGAUGAUUGCAGCCCUUGAACAAGAAGGGACAAUUUCGGCUGAAUGUCGUCUUGGUCUUCAUCCUCUUUCUAAGCUGGAGCUUUCUGAGAGAGAGAGAGAGAGAGAGAGAGAGAGAGAGGCUGCGGAGGAGCAGCUGCAGGAGAAAGGGGUGGGUACAGUGAUUGACUGCCAUUUCAUCGCCUGUGUCCAUGACCGGACAGAUGCACCUUCCGCUUGUGAUGAGUUAACGUGGAAUGUGGCAAGACCAAGGAACAGACCAAUUGGGAAACAAUAGGAGCUGGUGUUUGUGGAUUGAAACUCACGAGUGAUAGGAUCGGGACAGCUGUACAUUGUAGUGGAGGUGGGAGAUAUAUCAGUAGGACGCAAAGAAUGGCUUAAAACCUGGAUUGGAUAGGUGUUUAGUUACAAUUCUUGUGCAGAUUUAGACAACAAACAAAGUACGGUGAGACAGAGCGUGUGUGUGUGUGUGUGUGUGUGUGAGAGAGAGAGAGAGAGAGAGAGAGAGAGAGAGAGAGAGAGAUGUAUAAGAGAGUUCUUGACCGUCAGGACUGGACGUGACUUCUUCCUAGGCUGUUGGUGGCCAGCGCUGCUGUGUUCCACGUUCUAGAGAGUAGGAGUUUGAAUUAACCGGGGACAAAGGUCAGUAGCAUCAUCUGUACCUUCUUUUCAUCUCCUUAUGAUGUGGGUAGCUGGUCGGAUGUGGCCAAUGGUAGGUCUUGUCAAAGCGGCAGGGGGAGGGGGUGGGAGGUUGAUCUGGUGUACAUGGAGGAUUGCUGGGCCAUUGCAAUGGGGGUACAGUUUUGAAUAUUGAAGGGAUUGGUUUUGAUCAAAAAGGCGUAUGUCCGGAGAAAGAACAUGUUGAAGCUACCAGACCGCCCUUUUGAGGUUGUGACGAAGUGGGUUGGCAAGAUUGUGGAGGAGUGGGUCAGCGACUGGCCCAGCUUUGUGGAGCUCGAGCUUUUGGCUUCUGGGGCCGUUGAUUGCGUGAACAGAAGGUUUCGGUCUUUUCUCUUGAUCUGCAUCGAAGUGCUUUAAGAGCAUAUUUCUUACACAUCAUCAAUUGCGGAGUGUGACGUGCUGGCCAUGAUCCUGAGUGGAGUUGGUCAGAUGGAGAUGGAUUUCCCGAGACGCGGAGGAGGAUUUUCUCGUGUUAUGGAAGUGCGCGGUCGAGCGGUUUACCGUCGAAGGGAACCAGAAGGGAAGCGUGUCAGGCAGGAAGGAGGAAUGCUGUGCAGUUUCGCUCUUUGGCGUAACUGAUGUGAGUGAGAUAUCCUGGGCAUGUUUCGAGUUGUUUGGCGCAGCCAGCUGAAACAGACCUUGACGCAAGUGUGCAAGGCAAGAGGGAAUGAAGUCGCUCUCAUAACUGGUGCGAGCGAUAUGUCCAGGGUGGUGGGAACUUUCUUGUCGACAGGCUAGGCACCUUGCUGUAGCUGCCACAUGUGCAUGUUGCGCAGGGGUAGACGGUCCCCAUGGUUGAAUCAGGGGCCAGUUAUGAUGAAGAGGUUGUGUGUGCGUGAGUAUUCACGCUGGAGAUGGGAAACGGAGUGAUGUCGAGUAUGUAGGGAUUGUUGCAGAUCGCCGUAUGAACGGUAAAGGAAGAGGAUAUUGAUUACGAGGAAACAUGAGCAGGCAGAGUUGGAAAAACAGGAGUUAAUUCCAAUUAGGCGCACGUAAAGGAUGCUGCAUGCAGAGGGACAUCAGGUGGUGGAUGUUCUGAGCUGAUGUUUAGUAGGGCUAGGGCGAUGUAGUGAUUGUGUGAAGACUGAGGGGAGGGGAGGGGAGGGGAGGGAGUGUGGUGCUUGACAAGGCGGUGCACUGUGGAGUUGUCUGGUGGACAGUGAGUCUUUUCCCAUGGUUGAGAAGUUGUAGGGUUCGCGAACACGAGCGUGGUUGGUUGUAGUGGGAGAGAGAGAGAGACUCAGCUCUUGGUGUUUUAAGUUUUUUAACGGAUUAACGGAUGGGAUCGGUGGCAGCUAACCUAACACCACUGCUGCGAGUCUGCCCGGUGUAUUAGCGUCGCACACAGAAGCCAUAGGCAUCACCGAACAAGAAUGAAUGUAUGGCCUCUGGCUGCAAGAGACGCGUGCGAAUUGGCACGCCACACUCUUGCAGUCUUUCCCAUUUAUUGAAGGAGGUUGUUCCAACACGACUCAGUGGGAAGUCUGUGGUUGGAUGCAGACACGAGCACAAUCAAUGUCGUCGGUUACGUGCUGUGUUUCUCAAAGUGCUCAUGGGCUGGAGUUUGAUGAACGACAAUUGUGAGGGAAGUAGCGGGGUUUACCAGGGGUCUGACUGUACACCAGUAGGUGGAUAUCAUUAGCUCAGCUUACGGAUUUGUCUUGAUUGGGGCGUGAGCGGUGGUUGGUUGGGUCGGGAACAUUGUCUUUCUGGGAGGCAUGAAGAUUUUGAGGGCUGUGAUGGAUGCAUCGGGAGUUUUCUCUUUCGCUCAGUCCUUCCUGUCGUGGGCCGAGGGCACCGAUUAGUUCGAGUGUGGGAGUUGGAAGAUGAGGUCGCUUGUAGUUGCUUCAAGCAGAGAGCAAUGAGGACAGUGGGUUUGAUGUUUGAUGUUGGGAGUGAUCGAUGUGGAGCACAGUGCUGCUUUGGCAGAUAUGGUGGUUAUUGUCAUGUUCCAGCGGGUUGCAUGGCGAGGGGUGGGAUGACAUGCCAUCGCUGAAGGUGGAUACCAGGGGGGAAGAGACUGGCCGCAAAGGGUAGUUGGAUGUGCAUGCGGUAGUUACUACCCGAGCCACUUUCCUGUUUAACGAGGAAGCAAAGUGCAUAUGAUGCUCGUGUGAUUCCUGAUCGAUUACACAACUGAGCUUUUAGCUGGAAAGCAAUCCGUCGAUGCGUGUACUGCAUCAGGAGCUGCGCGUGUUGCGUCAGGAGUGCGCUCAAAGGAUGGCUGUGGGAAGAUGAACUGAGCCAUUCACAGCUAGUGGGAGUAGCCAUAGGAUGAACCCUGUUCUGCUUUUGCAGUUAUGCCGUAGGCGAUGAUGAUGAUGAUGAUGAUGAUGAUGAUGGUUAUGAGAUGGGAAAAAUUAUGUUCCGCGGACUGAAGAACUGGGCACACCAGGAGGCAUAUAGCAGUUUCAGAAGUAUAACUGACCGUUCCAAGCUCUUACGGAUUUGGUGAAUACCUUUUUAUGUCUUGUACGUCAGUGCAAGUGAAGUUGCUGACGUUGUGGAUGCACACACACACACACACACACACACACACGCACACACACACACACACACACACACACACACACACACACACACAGAGAGAGAGAGAGAGAGAGAGAGAGAGAGGGAGGAGGAGGAGGAUUAUAAGGGUUUGCUAUUUCAGAGAGUGGUAGUUGUGGGAGGUCUUGAGUGAUUGAUUUGAUUGAUUGAUUGACAUUGAUUUGAUUGAUUGGUGGCAUAAAUUAUCUCCUUGUUCAUAUCUAACUUGGUCAUUCCUAGGGAAUAGCCUUGCUGAGUGGGUGCGCGACACAGAGGGGACUCGUUAGGGUGGGUGAGCUUGCCGUGGCUACUCGGUUUGAACUUUGAACUUCAGACUAGUGUCAGAGUUGACAUGCUUCCUCAAUUCUUUUAUAAGUGUUUUGGGCUCCACCUGUUUUGCGGGAAACCACGUCUGGCUUUGACCGUAGCCAGCUGACGUCAGCAGCAUUGCUCGACGUGACUGCAAUGCUCGCUACUACCUCUCUCAUGAUCGAGGACUUCUUUAUCUUUCAUUGCGAUAAUGUCAUGCAGCCACAGCUUGGGCAUAUGAUUUAUAGCCAGCCAAUGCAAGGGUCCUGCGCGACAGCAUACGUCGACAGCAUGCAUAAUCCACUCUCCUCCCUGCCAACGGCACCCCACGUCUUCCAGGUGACUUGAAGCAAAUCCUGAAUGAAGGGCCGCCGUUUUCUGCGUUUACGAACGUGCAACGCAUCGAAGGUGUGUAAGGGAACGAAGGCAGCCAGUGAGCGGCGGGGGAGCUCAACGGAAUUGCUCCAGGCCGGGAUCGAAUGUCUUCCCUUCUUGUUAAUCAUUGUGCAAUUCUCAGACUCGGACUCGGAUUCGGAUUCGGACGCGCCAAUGGUUUUUUUCUUCAUCCCCCCGUUUCUUCAUCCCAACGUGGUGUCUUUCACCUCCGGUUAUAUCUUGAUGAUGGGCUAUCUUCAUACUGAAUCGAGGAGAGACUCGUUGCGAUCGCAUCUCUCAUUGUAAAGGAAGAAUGGUCCGGAAGCUGUGCGGCGGUGGUGGUUUUGACGAAUCUGACGAUGUUGUAUGUUGCGCGACCGCAAGUGUUGUGAUUGUGCCGUCUCCUGAUCCUGUGCGCUUGGAAACGAUAAGUUACUAGCGUUGCCUGUUUCUCAUGGUGUGCAUCGGGGAGGAGAGGUUUUACGACGAUGGACGGAUAAGAGCUCAGCUUGCCAAGGGGCUUUGUUUACAGCCAUGCAGGACCCCUUGAGGGGUGGCCGGUGUGCAGUGUGUGCCUUCUUUUAUGUUAGGCCACCAGGAAGGAUGCUACGAGGAUGACUUUCGAGGAGGUACACACACAUAACAGUGCAGCAAUUACUGCACCGUAUCUAUAUUGCGAUAUGCGGAGGUACAUUUGGGAAAAGGAGGGUGCUCACCUCUCACACAGACACGGAGAGAGAGAGAGAGAGAGAGAGAGAGAGAGAGAGAGAGAGAGAGAGAGAGAGUACAAAAUGCGAUUGAUGUUCUUUUCUAGCGCCCGUCACGGUUGUUUGCGUGAUGCAUGUGACGUUCAGGCGAUUGGUAAACAGUGUCUGCAGCAGUGAGUAGAUGCGAGUUUUGACAUUUGGAUGUGGAGGAUCACAUCAGGAGGGGAGUUAUCGGGCACGGAUGGCUUGGUGGGAGCCGUGGAUCACAAUUGUUUCACUACUGAUGUUGCGGACUCGGUAGGAUUCUGAGCCCUUUGCUGCCUGAGCGGGAGGGGAGAGGGAGUCUAAGCAUAAGUUGGAGGUCUUUUUGGGGAGUAGCAUUUCCUGACUGAUAUCUUCUGACAGCUGAUUUUAUUUCUUGUAGGUUUAUUGAACACAAAAAUGGUUUCAAAAUUGAAAGAGAUUUGGUGAAAUUUUUGUCACUUUCAGAGAUUCAGUGUAGCUGAAUACUAUGUGGUGGUGAAUUGUGUGAGAAACCUCGCCCUCUUACGAUGAUGAAUAGGCUGAAUGACCAGGAGCACAGCUUCCCUAUGUGUCGUUACAUUUUUUUGUUAGUCGUUGUGCUCGGCGUCGUGGGCACCCACUACUCUUUGCAAUGUGGUGGUGAAUUGUGUGAGAAACCUCGCCCUCUUACGGCAUACUCACAUGA